UUGGUUUGUAUACACGCACAUGUGUGUUCAACGAUGGUCUCCUCGGUUUUACUUUGAUGCCCGAUGUGGUGCAACUUGACAUUUAUGUGCGACAUUAGGGAGAUGUUCAGUUAAUAACCACCCGCAUCGAUCUAAAGUCAACACUUAAUCGCAGAUUAACUAACAUACAAAGAGCGUCUUAUUGUUGGAGGCUACAUGCUACUGUAGCUUAACAUCAAAGACCUCCUCGUUUCAUCUCUGUCCCACUCAAUCCGAAGCCAUGGACAGAGUUCGCACAUCGCAGUCACGCCACAAUGUCACGGGAACGUUGCCGCUUGGCCAGAGGGAGAAAAUAUCUCGAUAUUUUCAGUCCUCCGUCGGACACGACGGACAGCAUAAAGUAUCCGAAGCACCUGCAGACGAAGAUAGUGAGUCGGGAAACAGCCUGUUCCUCACCCAAGCGGAUGUAACGUUACCUGUGGCCGGGAGGUCAGGAGGGCAGCGGCAUGACAACACAAGAGCAAAGCCCACGUUUCCCACAGAUCUGGAGGAAAGAGAUGACCGUUCAUUGUCGUCCUCUUCCGACGAGGGACCGUGGAGAAGGAAGAAAUGCUCCCUGCCAAUAUUCAAUUUCCCUUUCCUUGAAAGUCAGAAGAGGAGGCCGAGAAGAUCUCCGUUCCCUGACCAAAACAAGGACCUUCAUAUGUACAUGAUGGGAGGCUUCUUUAAAUGCCUCGGAGAGCUGAGGCAGAGCGGUGAAAGAGGACCGGGUCUGGAGUCGUCUUUACCAACGGUUGACGUGGACGGGGAGCACAUAUCUCCAUUGUCAGAAGAAGACGGAGAGAGAUCAGAGGAUGAAGACAUCAAAGUGGUGGGGAUCAAAGAGUUUGUGGCAUUAUCCACAAAAAGGAGCAAACAGAACUGGUGCAACCAGUUGAAAAAACAACACCGGGGGAAAGGCACCAACACCGGAAACCCCCCACAAACAGAGACGUGUUAUAACAAACAAAUCAUGCCCUCCGUAUCUUCAGAUGCCAACAGCUCAGACAUUGGAAAAUUUUCCUGCAAAGUUCUGGCCCAGAAAGGGACGACCGCAAAACAGGCAACAGUGGACGCAAACUCUCUAGCCACAACUGACACACGAAAAACAAAGCGAUGCCUCGCCCGAGGCGACGGGAACGUUUCAUUUCUGCAAAAAGCAAAUGAGGGACAAAAAACGUGCAACGGGAAUGAUGCCGGCGUUUUGAAGUCUCAGAAAAGAUUGAGACAUGCCACACAAAAGGGAAGUGAAGCAUCUGAGCCGGUAACGGGACGGGAAGGAGACGGACAGGAAGUGGAUGGAAACGUGGAGAGUGAAGUGAGAGUGGAGAAUGAUGGAAAGAAGAAACGCACGAAAAGAAGUAGUGCAGAUGUUGAGCAUUUACAGCCCAGCACAGCUGCCGAAUCACCAAAUGAUGGUGUUAACAUACAGAAGAAGAAGAAGAAAAGGAAAAAAGAUUUGGGAAUAGUAGUGACAGAGGAACAUAAAGCAAAGGGGGCAUUGAAUAGGUCUUUGGAUUUGCUGGCGGUAUCAAUGGAACAGUUGGGGAAAUCAGAAAAUUGUUUAGAUAUUGUUGCGACCUCUCAAGAAACAUCAGGGUUGAGUUUUGUAAAAAGGAAAAAGGACAAAAAGAAGCAACAGUCACUUUCUAACGAUGCUCCCGACAAGGGAAUAGAGGGUGUAGAUGUGAGCUGCUAUCUGGAUGACCCUGUUACCACGGCUAAAGACUCCAGGGCGACACCAAAGAAGAAGAAAACUAUCUUUGAGGAAAUGAAUGACUCUUUUUCCACCAAGAAGAAGAAGAAGAAGAAGAAAAAGAGUGAAGGAGUAAGCAGGGAUAAAUAUGAAGACACACAGGCACAAAGUGAUUAUUCAGCAUCUACACAGAAAAAGGAAAAGAAGAAGAAGCAGUCAUCCUUCCCCGUUGCUGAUGUAGAGGAAAACAAGGUGCCGACAGACAGGGAACUAGGUGCUGCCUCGGCGCCCCGUGUCGGGGGCCCAGAAGAACUGGAGGUCAUGGCCAGCGAUCAGGAGGAACUUCUCAAUGGGGUCACAGAACAGAAGAAGAAGAAGAAGAAAAAGAGUGAAGGAGUUAGCAGGGAUAAAUAUGAAGACACACAGGCACAAAGUGAUUAUUCAGCAUCUACACGGAAAAAGGAAAAGAAGAAGAAGUCAUCCUUCCCCGUUGCUGAUGUAGAGGAAAACAAGGUGCCGACAGACAGGGAACUAGGCGCUGCCUCGGCGCGCCGUGUCGGGGGCCCAGAAGAACUGGAGGUCAUGGCCAGCGAUCAGGAGGAACUUCUCAAUGGGGUCACAGAACAGAAGAAGAAGAAGAAGAGGAAGAUGUCUGUGGUGCAGGACAGCGUGGAAGAAGAUCACGAGCAGAACAGACAGGAACCAGGCAAAACACAUCGGAAGAGGAAAAAGAAACGUGUGGGAAGUGAAAGCGAAGGAUUAGACGGUGCACCUGACGCGGGGUUUCCUCCCCUUGACGAGGCCUCUGGGCUGAAAAAGAAGAAGAGAAGGUGUGAUGUUAUAGAACAGGAUCCGCCGACCCAUGACGAAGCGACCACGGAAGCGCCGACCUCAGACGAACGUGAUUUAGCAUCUUUGGAGACACCCGGGAAUCAGGCGUUGGACACGAGAAACAAGAAAAAGAAGAAAAUUAAAAAUGGUGGGGGCGAGUCGGCUGAGUCAGAGCGCAGAGAAAAGAAAAAGAGGCAGGAAAGAAAUGAGAAGUCUACAGUUGCAGAAACUUCAGACAUUAUGAAAAACAAGCAUGGAAAGCCCAAGCGGAAACUUUUUAAUCCAAAUGACGAGUUCUUCACCGGCUAUUAAUUUAAAGGCGCCGAUUGAAGGAACAGUAAUUUGUUUGAUUGGUGGAGGGAUUCUCCACAAUUACCUCAACACCCAAGAUAAAGCAACUGACAACUGAAGCAGCACUUUACAGGACACCCUGUAUCUUUUUAGAUGGACGGGGUACCAGGGAAAACAUUUCUUAAAAUAGGAAUUUCAUCAACAUACAUAAUGUUCAUGGUUGGUUAUCAUGAGGGGUUUUCUUUGGGUUCAUCCCAACUUAAUGAUUUUCUUCUUUUAGAUAAAUGUCAUUUUUAACACUUGAGGAAGAAAUGUUGUUUAUUAAAACUACAUUAAAUGAAUAGAAACACUGAAACACCUUCAA